AUGGGUAGCUCUUCUCGCAAGUCUCAGCGGGCAAAGCCCAGCUUCUCUGAGCAAAUCAAUAAGACAUUUGAGGGACACCUUGAAAUUAAUAGGCCUUCUGUGCCAUCCUAUACAAAGACAAACAAUGCAACAGGUGAUGUUAUCGAUUACCUCGCGAAAAAAGGGUAUAACCGUACGGAGAUGAUGCUCCGCAUGGAGUCCGCAAAUCAAGAAAUUGAUGGACGCCCUCUUCCACCCGUUGGGGAUGAUUCUCGUGCAAGAUUCCGCCCUGCUUUCGAUAUGAUCAAGGCUUGGGUCGAGAACAACCUAGACAUUUAUAAGCCAGAGCUUCGACGCAUUCUUUGGCCACUAUUCGUCUACUCGUACCUCAGCCUCGUCUCGACUCUGGCCUCAACGGAAGCGCGCCAGUUUUUCGAUGAGAAUAAAGAUUUUUUUCUCCCUGACCAUAGUGAAGAUAUUCGCGCCCUUGGACCGGUUACUCUUCCCGAACACCUGAAAACUAACAGUGUGGCUAAAAUAUAUCGGGAAAAUAAAUAUCGCCUCACAUUAAGCAACCCUGCUUUUUCCAAUCUCAUGCAAUAUCUCGAAAGCAAAGGGAAGGAAGGCGGAUCUUUGAUCUCUGCGCUACUCAGCAGUUAUUGCACCAUUGUGACCAAGGAGCGGUCUUCUGACGAGCGAUUCAGCUUCGCGGCGAUGUUAGCCAGGGCAAAUGACAUGGAUGGCGGCCCACCCCUUGAAGAUGAAGGAAUUCCUGGCCAUCAUCCCGGUUCUGCAUAUACCGGCGACAAUCCCGCAAUGGCGGGCACACUUCCACGCCUAAAGCUGGGAAAGUUACCUCUUGAACCCGAGCUGGAGAGCGACGUGAGAGCAGAGCUUGAAGAGGUAGAUAACAAGGAGCCUGCUCCUCCUGGACGCCCCUCGCUUGUUCAGCAUUUCGAGCAGAUGAUCAAGAAGGAGGAUGAUCUCGAAUCCCCAUCACGUUCAGACAUCCCGUAUCCAGCAUCACUCGCCCGGGAUGUCGCAAUGGAGGUUCAAAAGGUUAAAGAAAACCGCGAUAGGUUUCAUAUCGAAGGUCGCACCGGAGGCAUAGGCCCAGGGAUUAGCGUUUGCAUGUUCACGUUUCACAACACAUAUGAUGGAAAUAGCAUUAAUUGCCUGGAUUUUUCGGGGGACAGUAUGCUUGUUGCUGCAGGUAUGCAGGACUCAUACAUUCGUGUUUGGAGCGUCGACGGUGCCCCAAUACAACCUACAUAUCCAGAACUCGAAGAUAAGGAUUUUAAGCCCUCUAAUUCCCGUCGCCUCUACGGCCAUUCGGGUCCGGUUUACGCAGUUGCGUUCGCACCGGCAAUUGCCAAUUCUGAUGAUGCAGAAGUCAAAACAAACACACGUUGGCUUCUAUCAUCCUCAGGCGACAAGACCAUUCGAUUAUGGUCACUCGACCUUUGGCAGUGCAUGGUUGUGUAUAAGGGACAUGGCCAACCUGUUUGGGAUCUAGCCUGGGGUCCCUACGGUCACUAUUUCGUUUCAGGUGGACAUGACAAGACGGCACGACUUUGGGUCACUGAUCGAAUUCGUCAACAGCGAAUUUUUGCUGGACAUGACCAAGAUGUUGACUGCGUGUGCUUCCACCCCAAUUCUGCAUACAUUUUUACUGGAAGCUCCGAUAGAACAGUUCGUAUGUGGGCCGUUACCACUGGUAAUGCGGUUCGCAUGUUUACUGGGCACACUGGCAAUAUCACCUCUCUUGCAUGCAGUAAAGAUGGUAAACUUCUUGCUUCGGCUGACGAUCAUGGCUCGAUUUUCCUCUGGGACUUGGCUCCGGGCAGACUCCUGAAGCGUAUGCGCGGUCAUGGAAGGGGUGGUAUCUGGUCUCUAUCUUGGAGCGCAGAGUCCACGGUCCUCGUUUCCGGUGGUGCGGAUGGGACCGUUCGCGUUUGGGAUGUCGCCGGGCCAGCUACCGACCCCAACACUAGCCAAGGGAAAAUAAUUGGCGAAGGGGGGACGGGAGCCAAAAUCGACGCGGCGAACACGACGGCAUCUUCUGCUGCCCAAGCCGCAGCCGGUGUCGGGACAGCCAGCGGAAAGAAGAAGGGCAAGGAUGUGGUUGUCACUCCAGACCAGAUCAGCGCCUUUCCGACGAAGAAAAGCCCGGUUUACAAGGUCCAUUUCACCGGGAUGAACUUGGUCAUUGCUGGUGGUGCUUAUUUGCCGUGA